GCGGCUUUCAUUGGGGAAAACGCCUCUGACGUCGCAACACCUAAAAAAAAAGCAGAAGAAAAGAGCGGUCGAGUGAAUUAACAAAAUCGCUUUCGGCUGUAAAUAACCCGCAUCGUGUCGUGUUGCACUGAAAAUCACUUGUAAAUUGUUGUGUCAUUAAUUGCGAAAAGACAAAACAAACAAAAAGUCGACACAGUGCGCUGAUUGUUGACUCGAAUUAAGAGCGCGACAAAUUCUCAUUUUUGUUAUUUCGGUUUUUGGUUUUACUCUGGUCGCCUGACAAUCUCUAAAUCACCUUUAAAACGUACCCAACGCGGGCCAUCAAAUUAAGUAAAUUGCAAACAUCAGUCAACGGCCUGUUUGGCGUUGAUUCCAGUACAUGUGAUCCGCACACUUUGAGAGAUCCCAUCGGGCGAGGGCAGCCAGAACAGGAAGCCAUCGGAAUCGUCUGAGAAAUCGAACAUGGACCUGAAAAUGGAGCUGGGAGGUUACGUGCAGUCCGCGCCCAACACAAAGCGCUUCGUCGUGGAGGACUCGAUUACCAAGGUGACUUCCGACGGGGAGCCGCACGGAAUGAUGACCAUGGUGGCCGGACUGUCCGGCCUUCUGGCGGCCAUCAUCAUUCUGGCCGUCCUCGUGUCCAUGGUGGCCUGUCGCAAGCAGAGGAGCAACACCAACCGGAAGAGCAACUCCUCCGCCAAUGUGGUGGCCAUGACCAGUGUGCCGCGGGAUCGGCCCCAGUUGGCCGGCAACCUGAACGCAGCGUUUGCGGAGAGCACUCUGACCUUGGACAAGGUCAAGGACAAGGACGUCCAGUGGCGGCCCACUUCCGUGGUGGUGGAGCGGUACUAGCUUACGGGGAAUGCACCUAAACAUGCACCAGCCACCGGACGGGCACGUGAUGUUUUUUGUAAACGUUUGAGACUGAGACUUAGCCUAAGGAUUUCCAGCACUAUCUUUUAUCACAUGUUUUUUUUCUUGUUAAAAUAUUAAUAAAUAUAUACACACAUAUAUUAUUUUACAAUUA